GAUUCUGCAGUCGGGAGUUUUUCAUUUCUCCCGGUGAAUGCAACGCGCGCCGUCGCGCGUUGAAUGUGUGACGCAACAAAGCUGCAAGCAGGCUGCGACAGGUCGAUCCUCUCCCGCGACGUUGUGGUUUGAAAGGAAUAUACUGUUCGCGCCCGUCUGCGUGCGUGAUACGCUGCCCGUGCGUGCUGUGCAAAGAAGCUGAAUUGACGGUUUCGACCUCUUCUCCCGUAGCCGCCGACUCGCCGCGUGAACCUGGAACGCCGGAGUGACGGACGAGCGUCGGAGCAGCUGGGCCCAUCUCGCAACAGGUGAACAUGGAAGGCCGUCGGAGCUCGCAGCUCUGGAAGGACGAGGGCAGUGUCCUGGAGGCCAUUGACGAAUUGAUGGCACCCAGCUCUGACUUCAGCCUUUCCGACAUUCAAGACAAGCAGGAAGCAAAAUCAACCAAGGAACACCAGUACGAUGAAGAAGACUACAAAAUGCAUAGGGGUGCCGGCUUUCCUCAUCACCAUCAACCUUUAAAGAAGCACCACUACCAUCGCCGGAGAAGCUCCGCGCCCAGCACCUCCGGUAACCAAGAUCCUGCGGAUCUUCCCGCUCUGGCCGAAGCGAAAGAGCCUAGCCAAAGCAGCAAGCAGGACUCUGAAGAGGACGCUGACGAGACCAUUGAUGUGGAGCUGGAUGAUGACCAUGAAGAUAGCAAAGUGGCAAAGCAGCCCAAGGAUGCUGCAGAAGAUGCACCAGGACCAAGUGGCCUUAAACAUGGCAUGUCUGCAAAAUAUACAAAGACCGUUGGUGGCCGUGAGCCACCUCGCAUUUUUGUCACAAGUGAUAUAGAGCCAGAGGUUGAAUUCCUGCCAAGUCCAGUAAAGCCACGGCCUUCAGAGGUGUCUUUGACUGAGAAGCCCUUGAAGUCAUCCUUAAAGAAGUCGUCCAUUUCACCUGAUGACCAACCAUUAGGAAGUUAUGGCUUCUUUCCAAAUCUGGACACACGAACUGCAGAUUAUGGAAAGCAGUAUGCUGACGUCCCCUUAUCAUCAACUGUACGAGAUUCUUCCCAAGAGCAAAGCGAAUCUGAUGGGGGACAGCACAAAGUUGCUUUUAUUUUGGGGUCAGACUCCAUGGAAGAAGCGUCUCCACCACAGCUAUUAGUGAGUGACUUGCAGCCUCCAUCAACAUCUAAAGGACUGGAACCAUAUCGAACAAAAGAUAGGCAUCACCACCAUCAUCAUAGGCACAAGCGACGUCGGUACAUUUAUGACCCGAGCCUAAUGGUUCUGCAUGAUGCUGAAGAUAAAUACAGGGUCAUCACAGAGCCUGAAGAAGCCAUGACUCUGCAAUCAGCUGAUCUCGAAGAGAUGGCAAGCCAUAGAUUUGAAGACCAGAAAGGCAUGCGUCGGCACAAAAUUCUCGCGAAAAACACUGUGCUUUCAUUCAUGCAGCCUGCAUCUGAAGAUUCUUCUGAGAAACCACCUCCUUCAGGUUCUGGAAAAAGAUACUCUGUUCCAUUCAUGAAAAAGCUUUAUGAUCGAAAGCCACAUGAGGUCUUUGUGGAGCUGGACGAACUGGUACCAGAAACAUAUGAGUGGAAAGAGACGGCACGUUGGAUAAAGUAUGAGGAAAACCUGAAAGAGGACGUGGAUCGUUGGGGCAAGCCACAUUUAGCCUCAUUAUCUUUCCACUCACUACUUUGCCUGCGCAAGUGCAUUGAACAAGGCACCGUGCUUCUUGACCUUGAAGAGAAAGAUCUCACAGGCAUUGCCAACAAGGUGGUUGACAACAUGGUGCUGACAGAGCAGAUAUCACCAGAGAGCCAUGGUGCUGUUUUGCGUGUGCUUCUGUUGCGUCACCGGCAUGCUGCUGAGAAAGGCCUGAACACUUUUCUGCGUCGCAACUCAUCUGGUACAUUCACAGCACUCAAGUCACUGCGGUCAGCGUCACUUGUUAGCAACUUCACAUCUUCGUCACAGGACCAUGUAAAUGGAAAUGCCGGGAACCGCAGCAUGCCUUUGCUUACUGCAGAUACACGGAUCUCUAUUGACAAAGGCACACGUGACGAGACUGAGCCGUUUCUUCCUGGAUGUUCCACGGAUGAUUUGCGCAAGCCUGAUGCCAAUAUCCUCCGAAGAAUACCCGAAGAUGCGGAAGCGAUCGCCGUGUUAGUGGGAGGCUUGGAUUUCUUGGAGCAGCCCACCAUUGCCUUUGUCAGAUUGGCACAAGGGCAAGUGAUGCCUAAUUUGAUGGAGGUUCCUAUCCCUGUGAGAUUCUUCUUCAUUUUGCUGGGUCCAUCAAAUACUGAUGACCUGGACUACCAUGAGGUUGGUCGUUCCAUCUCCACACUGAUGUCAAACAGAGCUUUUCACACUGCAGCAUACAAAGCAGAAGAUCGACGUGACCUGCUGAGAGCUAUGAACGAGUUCUUGGACGACAGUGUCGUUCUGCCACCCGGUGACUGGGACAGGAAGUCUUUGCUGCCUGUUGAUGACCUCAAGAAGAAGUACGAGGAUAUUCGCAAGCGCAAGAUGCAGACAAAGAAGCCGGCUCCCCCUGUGGAAGACAAACCUCCACAGUAUGAACCACUGCAGCGCAGUGGCAGAUUGUUUGGAGGCCUGUGCAGUGAUAUCAAGAAUCGCUACCCUUGGUACCUCAGCGACUUCAAGGAUGCCCUUGAUGGCCAGUGCUUAGCUACAGCCAUCUUCAUUUACUUUGCUGCUCUGUCGGGAGCUGUUACUUUUGGCGGAUUGCUAGGGGACAAAACCAACAACCUCAUUGGAGUGUCUGAGACACUUGUCGCCACCUGUGCUACAGGCAUCAUAUUUGCAUUGUUUUCUGGGCAACCUCUGGUUAUAAUUGGUGUUACAGGACCGGUGCUACUAUUUGAUGAGUUGUUGUAUUCGUUUUGUCAAGAGAAUGAUGUGGAGUUCCUUGCCAUUCGGGUUUGGAUAGGAAUGUGGAUAGCUAUACUGGCAACCUUGGUAGUUGCCUUUGAAGGAAGUGCACUCGUUCGGUUCUUCACAAGGUUCACGCAAGAGAUAUUUGCGUCACUCAUCUCACUUUUGUAUAUAUAUGAGUCGUUUUAUAAGUUAUACUUGAUUUUUGUUACUCAUCCUUUGCUUAAAGCAAGCGACUACUGUGAUAGCUCCCCUGAGGCCUACCUUCCAAACAACAUUUCUGCUGCAAACUGGACUAACAUGUCUGCUGCAAACUGGAAUGAUGUGUCUGCUACAAACUGGACUGAUGUGUUUGCCGCUAACUGGAGUGGAGAGCUCUAUCCAGAAUUUGAAAUCGUAGAACGAACACGUCAACCGAACACUGCGUUGCUGUCAAUGAUAUUGAUGUUCUCUACAUUCUUCUUAGCAGAUUUUCUGAGGAAGUUUCGUAACAGCAGUUUCCUUGGGAGAAAUGCAAGAAGAGCUCUUGGAGACUUUGGUAUUCCUAUUGCGAUUAUUGCAAUUGUUACCUUGGACUUUUUUGUUCCAAACACGUAUUCUCAAAAGCUGAAGGUUCCCAAUGGACUCAGCACCAGCAUUGAAGGACGUGGUUGGUUUGUUUCUCCAAUCAGCUCAACACGACCAUUCAUUUGGUGGCACAUUUUCGUGGCUGCACUUGGUGCUGUGCUGGUCUUCAUACUCAUGUUCCUCGAGAUUGAAAUCUGCGAGCUGAUCCUGAGCAAGAAGGAGCGCAAGCUGCAAAAGGGCUCUGGCUUCCACCUGGACCUCCUGCUCAUCUGCUACAUGGAGCUGGGUUGUGCCAUCAUCGGUGCUCCCUGGAUGUGUGCAGCCACAGUGCGCUCCGUGUCACACCUUGCCUCACUCACAGUCAUGAGCCGCACCCACGCACCUGGCGAGUCGCCACACAUUAUUGGUGUCAAAGAGCAGCGUGUUACCAACCUUCUUGUGGCACUCCUUGUUGGGUUGUCAGUCUUCAUGAGCCCUUUGCUGCGAGAAGUUCCUGUUGCUGUGCUGUUCGGAGUUUUUCUCUACAUGGGGAUCACUUCUAUGAUUGGAAUACAACUAUUUGAGCGGAUUAUUCUUUUCUUCAAGCCAACGAAGCAUUUCCCAGGUGUGCCUUAUGCACAAAAGGUGAAAGCUACGAAGAUGCACCUUUACACUAUUCUGCAAGUGGUCUGCCUUAUUGUACUUUGGGCAGUCAAGUCAUCUUCACUGGCCUUGGCUUUCCCUUUUGUGCUGCUGCUUAUGAUUCCAUUGCGGCUUCAGCUCAAGUACAUUUUCACAGAAAAGGAACUGCAAUGUCUGGAUGGUGAAGAUGUGAACCUCCAGUCCGACGAGGAAGACGAUCCAGACUUUUAUCAGCAGACAUUGCUGCCUAGUUAAUACUUUUUUUUUUCACUGAAUCUUUUUACCGUUUUAGUUAUUUGCAUGACAUGCGCCAUCUCUUCAUAGCCUUGUACAUAAACACAUGGAGUAGCUGCCAAUUAACCCAUGUACCAUAGCUCAAAGAGCCUACGAUCUGAUCAGUGUUCUAAGAACUCUCCAAUGAUAUCUUCUGUUGUCACUUGUUGAGUGUUAAUAUGCCAUACUUAUGCAGAGGCCCCUUACUUUGUUUUCUGUUUAUACAUUCUGUGUAGUGUCUCAGUUUUGUUUAAUGCCAGUAUAGUGCUGUGGAAUCUAAUCAAAGUGCCAUGGUGUCUAUAGUUUAGUCCAUUUGCCUGGUAGGAAGCAACUGCCUCCUGCGCUUUGAUAUAUAUAUACAUCUACAGAUACGCACCACACGUCAUAUAUACUGUCAUGUGGAAAAAAUCCUGGUGGUGAUAAUUGUCAUAGUACUUGACGAAAUAUAUAUAUUAUAUACAUAUAUAUAUAUAUACAUAUAUACAUAGUGUAUUGUUGCCCUGUAUUGGAAGUUAUUUUAGUAUAUACAAUGGUAAUGUUUAACCAGCGCCUGAACAUGUUGUAUUAGCUCUCUUGCUUGUUCAUGAUGCAGAGGCCUUGUUAUCAGUUUUUCUCAUAUCACUAUUACCUGUGAAACAUGUUGCAGUGAACUUGUGCUGCCUUUUUGUGAUCAUGCAUGGGAAAAAGAAAAGCACUGAGCAAGCUUUGUUCAGCACAUUGUCCCCCGAUUUGAUGUACGUACACGAGAACCUAAUAUAUACACUUACACUAACUUUGUAACAAUGUGAAAUUCUUUCAAAAUAUAGUUUCAGUGGUCCAACUUGUGUGGACGACAAUUUUUAUGUCCCAAGCUCCAGAAGCGAUCAUGAAUUCUUCGUGGUGGAGACUUAACAGAAUCCAACGGUGCAAGCAGCAUUUUGCAGGGUCCCAACAGCAUGAAGCAGUACCGUCAAAUAACAGUGGUGCUUAUGUUUGUUAGGGCAUUUACAAGCUGUUGCAACUGGUGCUGAAGUAGGCUAGAAAAACUGCUCACAAACACAUUUUGUAGUUGCCGCUUUAGGAUGCUGCUUUCAUCUCUUGACAGUGGGCAGGCCAGGCUAGGUUCUUAUAUCACUCAAAUACACACAACUGUAGGCAACCUCGGUUUGAAGCUGUCACCGCCUUUGCAGACUGGAAUGCUCUUGCUACAACGUGGUUAGACGUGUUUGUUACAAGGACUCAUUACCCUUUAACUUGCACAAGGACAAGCUAUGGUAUGUAAGCAUAUAUGGCACAGUUCAUGUUUGAAAGCAUUUAUUUCCAGUCGCACAUCAAUCACAUUACUACUAAGAAAGUAGAAACGGCACGCAACAAUUUUUUUUUUUUUUUGAAUGGUGACAAUGUACAUUGCCUUCACCACUUAUAAUUUAAACCAUUUGAUGUACCAUGGUAAAAAAAUUGUUUUUGCUUUUGUGGAGAACUAUCACUAGUUGGAAGAUUCAUUAACUGCCAUUGCUGUUUUGCAAUGCACCUGUAAAGCUCUCCUGCUUCAGACUUACGCCAAUCUGUUUUCCUAUUACAUUAUGCUUGGUGGAUGUUCAUGAAAGCUGGCACUGCUAUAUUUAUGCAGUGCAACACUUUGCUACAUCAUGAAUGCAAUGUUGAUAUUUAACUAUUUUUGCAUUGUUUUAAUAAAUAUAUUACAUUACAAA